AUGAAUCAAACACAACAUUAUCAUUCCUUGGCCGAUCAGACUCUUGCUGGGAAUGCUGCUUCUGAAUUAUUGACCAAUAAUAAUAAUAUUCAACAUUCCCAACAACAGAAUGAAAUCAUGUCCGAUGAUGAAUAUAAACUCUUCAUGUUGGAAAUGAAGGAUCUUCAUCAUAUCAUGAAGGAUAUGAAUAACAUUGGUGAUGAGAGGGAGAAUGCUAGUGAAGAGUGGUGGAAUUCAUUGGCUCUUAAUAUACCUGGACCUUCCGAAUCAUCAAUAUCUUCAUCUCCUAAGCAAUCUUCCAAUACUAAUAAUAAUACAAGUAUUAGUAGCAAUAAUAGUAAUACUAAUGAGGGUUUAAAGAUAAAUAUGAGCCUAAUUAAAGCCUUUAACGAUAGUGGCACUAGUGAAAACCUUAAUUUAAAUAAUAGCAAUGAUAAUAUUAAUAAUAGUAGUAAAC